GUAAACUUUCUUCUUAAGCCAUCUAAUCGGAAAUCCGAGUGAAUUUUAUUUUUUCUUAAUGCCCCGAUAUAAAAAAAAUAUAUACAUAUAUUAACAUCAUUCUAACAUUUUGACGUCCGUUCAUAAAACGGCAAUCUCGUGUCACAUAGUUCAAUAAUAAUAAUAAUAAUAAUACUCUCCCUAUUCACCCCCUUACGAGUUAAUUUUUAACCCCAUAAGCAGAGCUUGAUUGACCUUCUGUCAACUGGUUAAUGGUAAUGACAAUAAUAGUAGAAGUAUCCUGAAAGUCUUUGUAGUUAUUUAUCAACAUGAAGUUAAAUGAAACGAAUAGAAUUAUAAUUCAAGUAAUAAUUGGUUGUGGAGAGAAAACAAGGAUUCAGAAAGAUAUAAUUUAUUUAAUGAUUAAUAUCCUAACUGAGAAUCAAAACUUCUUAAUCUCCGAAUUGAACCGGUUAUUCCCAAACAGCAAUAAUCUGUGGCUACAGCAAGAUGGUGCGCCUCCACACUAUGCGGUCUUGGUGAGAAACUACUUGGACAACGUCUUACAAAAUCGGUGGAUAGGUAAAAGAAGAUCAAUAGAAUGGCCACCUUGGUCACCAGAUUUAACUUGAUUUUUAUCGGUAUACUUGAAAAGUAAAGAGUACCAAAAUAGACCAAUGAACUCAAAGAGAUUGCAAAAAUUACAUUACAUUUUAGUUGAAUGACAACUAUUUGAGCACCUGAUUAAAAUUUGGUUGUAUUAAAUAAAUAAUAUUUUACAAAUACAUGUAUUUAAGAUGUAAGUUUCUUGUUUUUUUGAUAUUUGUUUCUUACUGGUAUUAGAAAGAGAUCUUUUACAUGACCUGUUUUAUGUGAAAUUGGUUCCCUGUUGGGAUAUUAUUAAAUAAAUUAAAUACUCUGAGCCCUUGUAUUAUUUAAAUUGGUUAGUGUGACAUAUUACGGCACACAAAGGUCUGUGCAUGGAGGAAGGAUCUGUGUUACUGUGUUUACAUAUUCCUCAUUUAAUCGUCGGAUAGGUAGCGUAGGUUUCUAACGCGCUCGUUUGCGAGCAAUUUUGUAGUUGGGAGACACAUCGACUUCGAAUCCUACAGAAGACCAUGUGAAUUUAUUUGCAUGGUUCUCUAUAGGAUUUGAUGGAUGCCGUAUUAGCAGAAAUUUAAUUUCUGUUGUUAUGACAUCCGGAGUAUAAUGGCAUGCGUUACUGUUUUGUUAAUGGUGGGUGGGGUUUUCCUCACCUGUAGGUCAAAUAUGGCACCAACAAUCACCUUUAAAAGGCGGUUUUAUUCUCUAUUCAACCGUGCAAAAAAAUUUAAAAUUUGCUUCAUUAUUUCUCGACUAAUUAUUGUUUCAGAACAAAUUAACGUAGUGCACUCAUCCUUAGAAUUAAAAUUCGGCCCUGCAUGAUAUCGGUUUUGGUUCAGACGUGAAAUAAGACUUUUUGCCAUUAGAUAAUGUCACUGUUAGUUUAGUUGCUUUCCCAUUUGUGAUGUUUUGUUAUUUUUAAACAUUAAUAAAUCAACACGUAAUGAAGCAAAUUUCAAAAUAUUUUGCACGGUUGAAUAGAGAAUAAAACCCCCUUUCAAAUGAGCUAUCACUCACCAUCCCAUACCAUUUAAAUUUUUCGAAAGGGUUGCUCCCCUACUGUAAGGGAUGAACUUAAGGGUAAACUAUUCAUACAAAAUGUACAUUGUAGCAAUAAAAAAUCGACGUGUCUCGGCGAUUUUCCUAACAAGACUCCAGUAACGAGUUAGUUAGGGGGGUAAGACUUAUGAUGCUUACUGUAUAUGUAUUGCAACACCCAUAUUUAUUUAAUUUUAAUGAUCUAGAAUUUAAAAUUUUACUAUAGUUUAUUAAAUUAUUUAGUUUUAGUAAUGAAACGUUACCUAUUCGUUUUUAGUAUAUAUAGUUUUUAAAAAAUACAUUUUAUUUAUUUAUUAAACUUUAUUUAAAAUUUUUAGGGAAGAGAAGAAAAUGCAGAAAUGAAAAACAAAAGCAGAUAAAAUAUAUGUAAUUCUUCGAAAUUUGGAAUUCCUACAUAAUCAAAUUAACAAUCAUCCCAAAAGAAAGUGAAAAAUAAAAUUCUUUGAUAACAUGUUGAAUAAUGACUAACAUGGCAUUUCGAAUUGCGACGAAUUACUAACAUCUAUUAUCUGCUUUUUAUGUGUUUCUGCGUUUUUCUCUUCAAAUUUCCAAAAUGACUAAAUGUAGGUAAAUGGUACAUACAUCUCUCAUUAUAAUAAAAAAAUUGACAAAUUAUAAAAUUUCUUUUUCUUAGAAUUAUUAAAAUAGAAAAUACUACGUAGAUAAUAAAAUAAAAUAUUUUUAAAUACGCUUAUUUUCCAAUACUGACAGGACAACGAUAUAAAAAAAAUGCUAUUGAAUAUAUCCAAUCCUUGAUAUCGAAAGGGCGUAGUUAACCCAAAUUUUUUUUUUCUGGUUGGUUGGGAAUCCAUUACGGACACCAGGCAUAUGGUUCUGCCCAUACCUAGUAGUGUGGGACUCCCGGCUAAGGGUACAAGGCCGGUAUACCCACUAAAACCACCUCCUUGCUCUAUCCUUUUUUUUUAGUUAAACCAAGUUCCUUUUUUCCAAAUAUAUGCGUCUCAUAUUUAUUUUGUUUGAUGCAUUAGUUAACUGUACAAAUACGUAAUUACCAGAAAAGCGGGUAUAUUUUGUAUCUUUCGACAUAAUUCACAGAUCGGUAGUGAAGUAUCUCUGAUUUAACAAUCUAGCAUGUGGUCUGAAUAUACCCAAAGUAAUAGCAAAAAACUCUAUUAAGUUGGUUUUAUGAAAGAAAAAUUAUGCAAGGAAUACAUUUUUGUAAAUCUAUCAAAUAAAUAGAAAUGUAUUUUAUACAUUUUUUUCUUCUAUUUAAG